AGUGGGAGAGAGAUGUUGGAGAGUGAAGCCGGGGGAGGCGGAGGGAACAUAUGACACAAAGGGGAGAGAGAAAGAGAGGAAAUAGAUCAGAGCGUCAGAGGGAGAGGGAGAGGGAGUGGGAGGCUGCAGAUAUCGAUGGCAAUAACAAUGGAGCAUUAGGAUCCAGAGAGGAGAUAGUCAGCCAGACAACGGCUGAGGCUAAAGACAUUUGAGGAGGGGGGCUCCUCCUCUGUGAGCACAGGGGGAGGAGGAGGAGGAGGAGGAGGAUGGGCCUCGAACACAGACUUGCAAUGGCACUGCACAAAUUGGAUUAAAGCAGUAUGCUGGACAAGAGCGAGGUGGCAACUCUAGGCCUUCCCUCCACCAGCAGCCACGGAGGCUCUGACAGCAACAUCAGCGCGGAUGGAGCCGGGGCAGCGGCGUCUGGGGUCACGGCUGUAGGAGCAGAGGGACCGGCGGCCGCCGAGCCACAGAGGACGCGUCUGGCUUUGGAGCACCUGCAGCAGAAGAUCCUGAAGGUCACCGAGCAGAUCCGCGUGGAGCAGGAGGCCCGCGACGACAACGUUGCAGAGUAUCUGAAAUUGGCCCACAACGCAGACAAACAGCAGGCGUCCAGAAUCAAGCAAGUGUUUGAGAAGAAGAACCAGAAGUCGGCACAGACUAUUGCGCAUUUGCACAAGAAGCUAGAGCACUACCACAAGAAGCUAAAGGAGAUCGAGCAGAAUGGACCGGCCCGGCAGCCUAAGGAUGUCCUGCGGGACAUGCAGCAAGGACUGAAGGACGUGGGGGCCAACGUUCGUGCAGGGAUAAGUGGCUUCGGAGGCGGGGUAGUCGAAGGGGUCAAAGGUGGAGUAUCCGCCCUCACUCACACUGCCGUGGUCUCCAAGCCAAGAGAGUUCGCCAGUCUCAUCAGGAACAAGUUUGGCAGUGCUGAUAACAUUGCCCACCUAAAGGACACGCUCGAGGACGGAGUCGGGGGCCACUCUGAAGACACCCCCACGCCCCGAGCCCUGAGUGGGAGCGCCACUCUGGUCUCCAGCCCAAAGUACGGCAGCGACGACGAGUGCUCCAGCGCCACAUCCGGCUCAGGAGCAGGCAGUAAUUCUGGUGGAGCCGGUGGUGGAGGAGGAGGGUUGUUAGGACCAACAAUGGGGAGCCCAAGGCUGGACGGGCACCAUCACCACCAUCACCACAUGCACAGUUCUUGGGACUCCCUGCUGGAGGGCCUGCAGGAGAUCAAGAACAGCCAGACUCACAUGGAGGACUCCAUCGAGGACAUGAAGAGCCAGCUGCAGAGCGACUACUCCUACAUGACUCAGUGCCUGCAGGAAGAGAGAUACAGGUAUGAGCGACUUGAAGAGCAGCUCAAUGACUUAACAGAGCUACACCAGAAUGAGAUGACCAACCUCAAACAGGAACUCGCCAGCAUGGAGGAAAAAGUGGCCUACCAGUCCUACGAGAGAGCGAGAGACAUUCAGGAGGCUGUGGAGUCGUGCCUGACCCGCAUCACCAAGCUGGAGCUGCAGCAGCAGCAGCAACAGGUCGUCCAGUUGGAGGGAGUGGAGAACGCCAACGCUCGAGCUCUGCUGGGGAAACUCAUCAACGUCAUCCUGGCGCUCAUGGCCGUGCUGCUGGUCUUCGUCUCUACCCUGGCCAACUUCAUCACCCCGCUGAUGAAGACCCGAGCCCGGGUGGCCGCCACCGUCCUGCUCGCCCUGCUGCUGUUCGUCCUGUGGAAGCAGUGGGAUUUUGUGGAGAUGUGGCUGCUGCCCAGCUAAGAGACUCCAGAGGGGGCCACGGCAGAGAACCAGAAGUUUCUUCCAGCUCAGUCACCACCACCACCGCGCCACUUGUUCCCUUUGAGCUCAAAUGUGGAUCUUCUGAGGAGAAACCCCUCUUAGCUGACGAGGACUGGAACUGAGAUGUGUUUACAGAGCAAAACGAACAAAUAUUCUCUGCUUGCCAAGUGACAAAAGACAUCAUCUCAUCUCAGCCAAACCUGCUGGUAUUGAUGACCAAUCAUGAAAUGCAUUGCUGUCACCAAAAACUGAAUUUCUUGCGAGAAAUCCUCGGGUGGUCUUUUUUCUAAUUAUUUAUGAUACACAAAGACAAGAGCAAGUAAUGACUGGAAAACGCUGAUCAUGUUCGCUGUAAUCUUCAUGUUGAAGCUAUAGUAUAUUUGAGAGGAAAAAUGUUUUUUCAUGAAUGUCAUGUGCUCAUGUGCAUGUCCUCGAGAUGCAUCUAGUCGGCAUGAGUUAACAUUUCAUUCACUGUUCUCCUAGAACUGUCAUUUGGUGAUCAGAACCACAGUGCAGAUAUGUUUGCGUAUCUCCGCUCAGUGUUUCACCUCCUGGUUUGUUUCUCAUCCUGUUCUGGUGUCGAAGCAGUGCUUUUAGAUUCUCUUCUCUUCUUUUGUUCUUCUUGAAUGGUUUAAAAAGUAAGAAAACUCACCUCGAUGGUCAAAUGACGACAAAUCUGUUCUCUCCAUAAAUACUAUUUCAUCACUAUUGUAGAACUGCUACUAUCCACGGUGUCAAAUUAACAGGCAUGUCAAAGUUUAUAUCCAGUUUGCAAAAAAUAACUAUUGCUGUUUUACUAAACAAUGUAAGAAAUAAAUGAUUUCAUAUGUUAGUCCGACCUUGAUUAUAUCCUCAUCAUCCUCGAUGCUGACUUUUUAUAAAGGAGAAUAACAUCCGACAUAAGUUAAGACAUAGAAAUGAAUACUUUUUAAAUUCUAUCUUUAAUUAAAUAUUAUAAGCUGCAGCUAAUCGUUUUAUUAAGACUUAUAUAAGCCAUUAAUGAGAGCAGGCUCUGGGGUUUCCAGCUUGUUAAAAAAAAAAAAAAACUUUUAUUGAUCGGACCAAACAGCCUCUUACCUGCUGCAGAAACUCUGGACCAAAUCCAUUUAUUGAUCGAUUGCCAACAUUUGUAUCAGACAAAUAAAAGUGAAAUGGACUGUUUGAGAGCCUGAUGGCCCAACAGGUUUUAUCUGUGCGGCUCAUUUAUAAAGAAUCAGUAUUUGAUUUAUUAAACAUAUCACUAAGUAAUAAUACCGGUUGUAGCAUGUUGUAAAUGAUUUAUACACUUUUUAAGGGUUUCCUAUAAGGACAUUGUUAAAAGUCUUUAACUGAUGAUCAAUCAACAUUAACCUGCAUGAGACUUGGACGUGACUGAAUCUAUAUCUGCAGCACGAUGAGCCUAGAAACAGACAAAGCUUUAAAAUGAGUACAGAUGAAGGCAUGUUAAGGUGUUUGUAUUUCUGUUCCUAUCAUGACCCCAAGUUUGUUCUUAGUUUUUGGCAGAUUUUUUCCCAGUGCUACUUUUCUGCUUAUACAGGCUAAAAACGUUCUUAGCUUUAAGUGCAAUUUUGACCAAAAUAAUUCUAACUUCAUCCACUAUAAGCUACAGGUAUCCAGCAUCAUAUAUAUGAUAUAUACAUAUAUAAGAAGAGCACGGCUGCCUUUUAUUUCUCAUGCUUUUCAUAUGCAAUACCACUUUGUCAUUCCUUCCCUCUAAAGUGUUGCUUGGAGAAAACAGCUGCUCUGUCGCUCACCAAAAAACACAGUCAAUAAAACCUUAUGAGAUGUU